AUGCGCACGACACGUGCCGGCACAAUCUCGCCUGAUGAGCGCAAAGUCCACGUUACACAAUCUGUUUCAUCAAUAUUUCAAUUCAAGGCGAUCGACUGGGGCAUGGAAAGUUGGGAAUUGCACGUCGUCAUUCUACCUAUGGACCGACCAACUAGCUUGCUUUAUAUCACCUCAAUGCCACUGUACCAGUUGAUAUUUCAACACAGCUCGGACUGGCGCAGAAGACUUUCUUGUGCGAUGGACGACGUCCUUGUUUUCGAGUUAGGAUGCUCGGAGGAUGAACCAAGGGGUAGCUACGAUAUAGAAUGGUGGCAGGCUCACAAGGAGACUGCACCGGGUCAGUGCUUUACCACUCUCUAUGAAAUUCGCUGA